GGAUGGAGUCGUCAUGCUCAGAGUGAAGGCAUUACAACAUCCAACUGCGCGUACCAACAGAUGUACUCACAGUGGGUGAAGGACAACUUCAGUCAGCGAUACAAGACGUUUCAGCAGUUUGACCUGUCGAAACGUGUGCGCCACUAUGUUGUCGACCUGGAAAUCCUUGAAGAGUUCAGUGGUUUGGGAGACAAGUGUGACUUUGAGAACAACGCCUUGCAGACCUUGGCGGUUCUCCAAAACUUUCACAGUCUCGGAAAAAUCAUCGCUGGACUUGUGGGCACCUACGACACGAACUUGCUGGCGCAGAUUUUCAUGGUUCCUCUUGUCAGAGACCCCAGCACACCGGACGAGCCACCGUUGCCAGACUGGGCUUUCACCAAGCACAUGCCAUCAACGAUCGAUCGAAUGAAGACAGAGAUUGGUGGUGGAGCUUUCGUGGCCAAGAUCUUCCGGACGUCUUCCCGCCCACAGCAGUCCACAGAUGAGCAGAUUGUGGAUGUGUCUGACUUGCUUGUUCCAAAAAAGAAGAAGCGAGUGGCUGCGAAGAGCAAGGCUAAGGCUAAAGCCAAACAGACACAGGAUGACCGGGAAGAUGCAGAAGCCGUUGUCGCAGACGUUGAACAGGCAGGAGGAUGCACUCGAAAGCGAUGGUGGAUCGACGAUGUCAUUGCAUCGCUCGUGCACGCGGCAGGUCUGUUGUUUGCACCUUUGAAGUCUUGA